GCGAUGCGAACUUCACUUGUUUGUCGCAAUGAUUCCGACCAGAGAGGUGUACGUCAGUGUACAUGGCGAGAAUGAACAACUACUGUCAUCGGCAACAAGAAAAGUGACUGAGGUUGGAUGUAUUGCUUAGUGUCAUCUUAAAUUGAUAUUAUUUGGAAACAUUUUGAAGAUGGAGAAUGAAACAGUGUGUUUGUUAUGAAAGAUCUUGGUAUUUACAACGUAUCUAUUCUUUGAUAAGAAGUGUUCGCCUCCAAAUGAUUGAAAUUAAUUUCAGUCUUUGGUCACAUGUCAGUAGAAUAUGAAUGGUGAUAAUGUUUCACGUACCGAUUAGCGAAUUUUCUAACAUUGGUGUAGUAGUGUAAUCUUUUGACCUGUUUGUGAGUAUGGAUUCGUCGCGAAAAUGUACCACAGAUGCAGAUCAUCUGGCUCCUGAUUUGCAGAACGUUGUUUUAGGGACUACAAAAGCAGGUAUCAAAGGUAAUUUUACUGUAAAAUAUGAAUCGGAAAAAACAAGCAAAUCGAGCAGUAAAAGUGAAGUAUCAGAACAACCUUCUUUAAGCAAGUAUUUCUCCCAACCUGCUCCUUCACUUUCAUCCACUGCAAGUUUUUUUGACCAAAUUUCAUCCUCGAGUAAUGAUUCAGCUAUGAUGACCAGUGUUCGAGAAAGUUCCUCUUCCCAAGAUCUAUUCCUAGCUGCUACCUCACCCGCUCCUGUUAAAUCAUUAUCUGCAUCAUCUGUUGCUUCACCAAGUGUAAGUACUAACCCAGCACCAAGUGCAGUCAAAGCUAAUGGAAAAGGAGAUGUAGUAAAAGAAAAAAUCAAUUUACCUGAACAGGAAAUUCCAACUGAUAUAUCUAUUCAGGGAGGUUCUAAAGUUGAACCUGUGGUUUGUAAGAUAUUUGCAUCACAGGACACUUCUAAGGACAGUAGUGGAGCUUCAGGUGAAGUAUUUUUUGAUAUGCUAGGAGGAACUGCUGCAAGUAAUAAUAAACCACCGCAGAUGCCAAGCUCACAAAGAAUAGACUUAACAAUUCCUACUAUGUGCACUAGUGGAACAAACAGUAUAGGAACAUCACCUGAUUUUACAACUACAACAGAGGGAUCUUUCUUGACACCAUCAGAAGAUACUACACCUACUCCUACAGGUGAUCCAUUUUCGUCAAUGUUAAAUGAAGAACAAUUUAGUAAAUCAAGUAGCACACACCCUAGUGAAACAGAUCGUCGCCGUGAUGCUUGGAUUCCAUCAGAACGAACUAGAAAUGCUCUCAUCACAGCAGCAACAUCCCCUCCAGGCACUUACUUCCCCGAAAGAGAGUUACUGACAAUGCCAGGUGUUGUUUUGGAGGAAGACAUGGUGGACACUGUCCAUGAAGUAGUGAGUCAUUAUCUAGGUGAAGUAGAAGCUAGUAAAAGAAAAGUUUUGACUGCAAAUGAUGUUACUCAAGAUGAAAGAGGUCUACGAGAAUUGAUACAGCUGUGGUUUACAAGAAUUGCACUUCACGUGAAACUUCGAUCAUUUUCACUGGCAGAAGUUGAAUCAGAACCCUUUGGCAACUUGGAUCAGCCUGAUCUGUAUUUUCAAUUUUAUCCAGAACUGUAUGGUGGUCGAAUGGGAUCAAUGGUUCCAUUCUCUUUUCGAUUACUAUUGGCUGAAUUACCUCAGUAUUCAACAAAGUACCAAGAUGCCUUCAAUCGUUUACAUGAAUUAUUGGCCACAAUAAGGAAAAUCCUUGCAAAUUUGAAUGCAGGCCAGUGUGAAGAUGGCAGUCCAGCAGAAUUAAGUGCAAAUGAUAAAAAUGAAUCAAAGAAAUUAUGGAAUACCAGAGAAAUUCGUGUAUUACAUUCAAUUGUCAACUGUGCAUUAUAUCAGAAGGAUUUCAGCCUAGCUGUAGAAGUGUUAGAAUUGCUUCUUACUCGUGAGAGUGGUGUACAUCAGAAGAGAGCUCUACAGUCAGCUUUGGGAAGAGUCUACCUGCAACUUGGAGAUGUUGCAGGAGCAGAAAGGCAUUUUGCUCUUGCACGAGAUCUGAGACAACAGCAUAGUUUAAGUGGAAUUGGACCUAUAACUGGAACACCGGCUUCAGACCUCAGGGAACUUGUUGAUCGUGGCUUGAUGGCAGUAGCACAAAAUGCUUUCCAGGAAGCAUAUGAAUGCUUUCAUAAAGCUUCUUCUCUUGAUCCAGGAAAUAUCAUGCUUUUUAACAACAUGGGAGUGUGCCUUCUCUAUCUUGGUCGCCUUAAGGAGGCAUUGGCUCUGCUGGAAGGUGCAGUAAACAAUAACCCCACCAGAGGUCUGCACGAAUCUCUGUUACUCAAUGUGUGCACUUUGUAUGAACUUGAAGGAUCAUAUAGCAGUCGCAAAAAACUCAACAUGCUUAAAUUAUUAAGCAAAUAUAAAGGUGAUGGAAUGAAUAUAGCGUGCUUAAAAUUACAAAUGUAAAUACUAUAUUGUAGAUUGUUAAGAGUGCAAGUCAUACUCUGCAAUGUGAUGCCUGUUUUAUUUUCAAAUGUUUCUGUUGAAAUAUUUAUUUCAUUGUUGAUUAGUAUGCAUAGCAAUUUGUGAAAAAUAAUAGUAAUAUUCCUAAGUCAAAAUAGUUGACUCAUUUGUGAAUUGUAUUAAAUCAAUUAAGAUGUCAAAUUUUUCACAGUUGUAUAUUACAUACAAACUCAUUAUUGUGAAUAUUAAAAAUAUUGUUUCAAAAUAAAAUUUUUAAAUUUUAUAACAUCCCAUGCAUGUAAUUAAAAAAAUUUCUUUGAUUCUUGUUUACAUGCCAAAAAUAAAAUUAAUAUUUAAUAAAUUACACUAAUGGAUAUAUAUAUAUAUAUAUUUUUAUUGCUAUAAAUUCUGAGUUUUUUGAAGUUUCAUAACCAUGUUUCGGUAUAGGUCUAAGAACUGGGAGUUACAGCCUAAAUUUACUGGCCAUUGGAAAGGCCAGGGUUCAUAUACUUUCUAGAUUUUCAAAUUUCCUUACUUUUAGUCGAAAAACGAAAAUUUUCCAGAUUAUGUUUAUAAAUUAUUUCUGUAACUGAUGACCAGGAAAACAGUCACCAAAGCUGACUAUCAAAUGCAUUGAUCAAAAAAAAUUAUUAAAUAUAAUUUUGAAAUAUACUUCAAAACUGCUAAUUUGUACAUGAAUUCCAUGAUAUUCUGUGUCUUUGGAUGUAAUUAUAAAUUCUCCAUUAGUUUACAAUUAGACACUUCACAAUAUUGUGAUAUCGACUCAUAUUUUGAAAAUACAUAUUUGAAAUGAUAUAGAUUGUAUUGAAAAAGAAAUCUCUAGCUUCAAUAUUAAAGGUGCGAGACAGGUUCAAAAUACGCUUAAACUUUUUCAUCACUAA